AUGAAGAAUGGUCCUGUUUUGAAUUCAGUACAACAGGAGAGCCUAACAAGACCAGUUAGUGAUGAAGAAAUUUUCAAUGCAAUGUUCUCAAUACCAGGGGACAAAUCACCUGGACCAGAUGGUUUUGGGACUCAUUUCUUCAAAGACACAUGGCCUAUAGUGGGUGAAGACAUCAGUGCUGUAAUAAAAGAUUUCUUCACAUCAGAUGAUGUCAUUUUGUGUAGUAGAGGGGACUAUGUGUCCGUUUAUUCUCUUCUCCAGGGAUUUAAGCAUUUUUCUGAAGUGUCUGGGCUGGAAGUAAAUGAGAACAAGACAGAGAUGUAUACAUCAGGCAUGAAACAAGAGGUGGUUCAAAGGCUUAAGAAUGUGACAGGGUUUAAAAUGGGCUCUUUCCCUUUUAAAUACCUUAGUGUGCCAAUCUGUUUCAAAAGAAUUUCAAUAAAAGAUUGUAUGAACCUGGUUGAAAAGACCACUUCUAGAAUUAAAAACUGGAGUAGCAGAAACUUGGCUUAUCAAGGAAGGCUGGGGGUUUGGGCAUCAGACAGGUUGGUGAGUGGAAUAUUGCAGCAAUGGGGAGGUAUGUAUGGGCUAUUGCUACAAAAAAAAGACAACCUAUGGAUCAAAUGGGUUAGUGAAGUGUAUAUCCAACAGCAAAACUGGUGGAAUUAUCAACCACCUAAGGGGUGUAGCUGGUAUUCGAAGAAGAUCUGCAAUGUGAAAGACAUCUUAAAAGAGAAAAUAACAGAAGAAAAUUUGAAGCAGAUGAACACAUAUUCCAUUAAACAAAUUUACAUGAUACUGACUGGUGAUCAUGUAAGAGUUCAAUGGGAUAAGUUGGUCUGGAAUAGGCUAACUGUUCCAAAACAUAGGUUCUUUAUGUGGCUCAUUAUGCUGGACAGGCUACAGACAUCAGCAAGGUUGUGUAAAUAUGGAAUCAGUGAGAGUGCCAACUGCCUCAUUUGUGAUAGAGAAGAGGAGAAUCAAGAUCAUCUGAUGCUGCAAUGCAAAUACAGUAAGGAAAUCUGGAAGCUGAUCAUGAGAUGGCUGCAAAUCAAUAGUAAUUACAAUACUACUGAUGGAAUGACUAGAUGGUUGCAAAAGUGUAGAGCCAGCAAGUUUAAAAGACAGGUGUAUAUAGCCACAAUGUAG